AUGUUAAAGGCUAUAGGAUGUACUGAAAUUAUGCCAUUUAACAAAGAUCAAUCAGAAGUUACAUUUUGGUCAAGAUCGCAUAAUUCUGAAAUUGACAAAACUAAUUUAGAAUUAUUAUAUAAGCAGGGUUUUUUAAAUCUGAUACCAUCUAAUUUUAAAAAUCAUACUUUAACUUUCUGGGAAUGUUUUUGUCAAACAUUAGACAAAAACAAGCGUGGCUUUAAUGAAACUUCUGUAUCAUAUUUACAACCUAAUCGUGAUAGAGGAACUAGAAGUAAUACGCUAUCUGGAAAUUCAAAUUGGUUUGAAUGGCAAUGGCCAAUUGAUGAAGAUUUGGAAGAAAAGUUGCAAAAACAUGAAAUAAAUAAACCCACUUCACAUAAUUCAACCCCAACAACACCAAUUUCAAAUUGGUAUAUACCACCACCAAAUCCUGCACAUAUUGAUAAUAUAUUUUCUUUGCGUUUGGGUUGGGCUCUGAAAGAAAACCAAAAAUUUGGUAAGAAAAGUGCUAGAAAACAAAUGUCAAAAAAAGUGAGGGCUUUGUUAGAAGGUUUUUUUAUAGCAGAAAAUGCAAACAAAAGUGAUCGUUACAAUGCUCAAGAUAUAUACAGAGAAUUAUUGAAAUGUGCUGAUGAAGGUGAAAUUUCUACUGAAGAAGUUCCUAAACUAACUACUAUUCAGAAUUAG